AUGGCCGUGUACGCUCAAGCCUAUGCGAAAAAAAGAAAGGGUGACUGCGCCAUGAUUCACUCAAUCGGGCCGUACGAGGAAAACAUAGUCGCGGGCUACUACCCUGAGUUCACCGGGGCGGAUGCGGUGAAGCUGUGGGCGAACGAGAAGCUGCUGUAUGAUCAUGCGUCGAAUAAAUACGUGGGUGGUGAAUGUGGGCACUACACUCAGAUGGUGUGGCGGAGCUCAGUGCGGCUUGAAUGUGCUAUAGUGCCCUACAAGGCUAAUUCUCAGUUUGUUGUUUGCAAUUAUGAUCCUCCUGGUAACUAUAUUGGGGAAAAGCUUUAUGGUUCUUCUUUGUAA